AUGACAAAUUCAAAUAUUAAUCAAAAUAAUGAUUCAUGUGCUAGACAAUUAGAAGAACUUAAUAAACUUUUUACCAAUCGUUAUACUGAAAAAGAUGAAGAGUUUAUUGAAAUGACUAAAGGUUCACAAACUCCACCAACUAUGGAAGAUUGGGGUCCAGAUAGAGUUUCUUAUCGACCACAACAAUCAGGUAAUGGCAACCAACGACGUCAUUUUUCAAAUCCUCGUCAAGACUAUGGGAAUCAACGUCAGCAACAUCGAUAUUAUUCAAAUAAUAAUCGUCAACAAAAUCGAUAUUCUUCGAAUGAUAAUCGAGAAUAUCGAGAUCGUAGUCGAAGCCCUCCUUAUCGUGAUACACGUCGAUAA